AGAAACUUUACAUUUCAAUGAUUCUUGUGGAGGCAUUGUGGAUGAAAAAUAGAUUAUUUUUGAAAAUAUUCGAACAAUGUAGUCGGCCACCUGAGAAUGGAAGUGAAAAACGUUAAUCUACGAUUAUCCUUCGGUAGAUUUUGAACUAUGUUAAUUUAAUUAGAGAGUCUACCUGUCGUGAAACAAUUCCUAACCCCAGAAGGGUGCGUUCACUGGCACAUGAGUAGAAAAAAAAAACAAACAAAAAUUAAAUGCAAAAACUUAACGAACUCGAACGUAGUAUUGGUAGUCACACGUGUGAUUCAGUGCUUGCUACACUCUGUGACACUGAAACUACAAAUCAUGCAUGGAAAAAAUGGAUAUGAUUAUGACCUUAUGGCAUGUUAUUGAUAUAAUGGGAACCGUGACUAUAGCGUCGCCUUUGGCGGAAAUACAGACGUCAUCCCAAAGUAAUUACUAAAGUUCCAUUACGUUCAAGUGACACAAGUUUAAGAAAAGAAUUUCUAAAAAGUGGAGACAAUACUUUAACUUUGCCAUAACCACUGUCCAUUUUCAUGGUACACAUAUAUUAUUGUUUAUGUAUAAUUUCCAUUAAUAAUUUUAUAAACAAUUUAUUUUUUAUUACUUCUGAAAAUAUAGCGUGUUCUAAGGCUUUUAUAGGGAUUUCGCAGCAUAGCGUGAUGGAAUUGUAAACUGCUCUACUUGCAAUAACAUUUAGCACGCAAUAGUUAGAGCCAAACUUUUACGUCCUCUAGCAAAAGUUUUCUAAGCUUCAAAACAGACCGUAGUGAGGGGGAAUGUAUUGAUUGUAAUCAUUUUUACCACGCUUUCUGUAGUUAAAGAACAAAACGAAAACGUAUGCUAUCGAUCAAACCUAACUGACUUUGCACCGAACUGAAAUUCAACACCUUGGAAACGCAAAUUGAAGGGCUGUAGGAGGUCCUUCCUCAAAGCACCGCGAACUAUGCAACGGAAAGAACAAUCCAGUCUUCGAUGCGAUGGCCCAUUUUCCAUUGCUAGGUUAACUGAGGCAAGCAGAAAUGUUUUGAGUAGCAUAUUGAGUGUUUCAUUUUUUUUCUCCAAAAAUUCGUUAUAUUUUUGAUUGGAAAUAGUGUCUAACCAGUCAUUAUACAGACCACCGGCGAGUAGCGAUAGUGAAAAAGGUGUUUAUUUGUCCACAAUAUAGGAAGUGUGCGUGAUGAGCGAUGCAGCCACGACUGUACGCCCGAAAAAGUGAAAUGAAAUGAGAUUAAAAUCGAAAAGUGUACCCUUGUGUAUCAAUGGUGAAAUGAUUGAAAUUGUGCAAUAAUGUCAUUAAAAUAAUUACUUCACUGUGUGUGGCAAAGUGAUUGGAAGCGCGUACCAUGUUGCAUAAGUGAUUAGUGUACGAAGCAGUGACAACAAUAGUAAAAAAGCUCAAAAUCAAUCACCCGCUAUCGGAAAUUGUUUGAUCUAACAGUGAAAACACGACAGUGUGACGCCACGAUGGAUAGCGAUACUGAUUUCGAGAGAACCAUCAACAACGCCAUGGAUGCGCUAGAAAACGCCAUCGAGAACGGUUUCGACGAAGACUUCAAGGAACGAUACGACCAUCGUUUUGAGGGCAGCUGGUCAGAUAAUAAUCUCAACGAAAAACAACUAUACACGGAAGCCGAAAAGGAAGAGCCUGUCUACAUUGAAGAAUGCAAGUCUUACGAAACAUUUGACCCGUCGUACGAACCACCACCGAACCUUGAACUGCAGCCAUGUCCCAUCUGUUUGAGAAAGUUUGCACCGGCGUCGUUAUCCAAACAUACCGGUAUUUGUGAGCGAGUUCAAACGAAAAAACGGAAACCGUUCGAUUCCUCUCGCCAGCGACGGGAAGGGACCGAGCUUGCGUCUUACCUGCCGAAGAAUUUUGGACUCCCUCAAAAGACGGUAAGCUCCUCAAAUGAGGCCAUACCCGUCAGGAAACUAAGCCUCAGCAAAACACCUACUUUUGAGCGCAAAGAGUUCAGCCCCACAACGAUGUCUACAUCAAUGCCUAGCGCGAGUACACCAAAGCCGGCUUUAAAGCGUAGCAUGUCACAGCAGAACGAACCAUGUCCAUACUGCGAGCGAUGCUUUGGCAUGAAAGCAUACGAUCGACAUGUCGAGUGGUGCCGUGAGAAGGCAAUACUCAAUCGAAACGUUAACAACAACCAAAGCAUUUCGGCAGCAAAGGAAAGACUUCAAGCAAGAAUUCAAUAUAAAGCCCCGCAAAUACGAUCAAAACGUGCCUUAAACCGGGAAAAAUAUUCAGGAAGCUUGAGUUGCAGUGGUUCAACAAACAGCCUUGCCGAGUUAGAUCUACACAUGCCACGCCACAAUUCGAUGAGUUCAUCCGUCUCGAGCGAUAAUAGAAAGUUCCAUCUAUCACCACAUUCAUUGCAGCAUAGCUCCUUGGGCAUCGGUGUGAGCAUCACCAAGAACCCUAAGAACACUAAACGAGAAGACGCCGACAAGGCUACGAAAAGAACCAAGACAUUUACUCUUAGUAGUGAACGACUACUGCCUAACGAUACUACGAACAAUAACACCAGCAUCCACAAUAAAAACAAUACUUAUUGUAAUCACAGCAACAACAACAUCACCAACAACAACAACAAGAACAACAACAACAUCAGUAACAACAAUAACAAUAACCUUAACAACCGAAAUGAACCCGGUUGCCGUACUCAACUAAAAAACCUACUCAACCGUUCCGCGCAAGAGAACAACGGGCUGGCAAACAAACAGCAUAAAUUUCGGACAGCUGAGCGAAAAGUUGAGAAGUUCGAAAUCAUUGGUCACAACCAUAGCGAGCGAAUUGCCCAUCGGCCGAUCAUCACGCAAACCGUACGGUGUACGAGCAACAGUGGAUACAGCCCUGACCGUUACGAUCCAUUCCUGUCUGCCAGACGACAGCUCGAGGAAUUAUUUUCCCCUGCCACUUCUUUGAUCCAUACCAGUUCUCCAAGCAGUACUACCAGCACGUCACGUCUCAAUCAAAUGAGCCCGAAUGGUGGUACUGCAAACGACAAAUCAGCGAGUGGCAACGCAACGAAACAUACGCCCCACAACUCGAACUUCCGGCGUGCGUACUCCCUACGAAUGCCGCGCAAAGUAUCUCGCCCAAUGUAUGUGGAGAAAGCUAAAUCAAACAUACAGAAGGGCAUAACCGAUGACGGCCCGGUGUCACCGAAUUUUCUGAAAUCCUCCGAGUAUGACGAACUGCCGAUCAAAUCGACGUUUAACGCACUGCAGAUGGCGGAGCCGAAACCGAAACUGCGUGAUUCCAGCACAGUUCGAAAGAAUCUCAAGCUGGAGAUUAGGGAUCCGAACAAUCCGGCUGGCGGGGAGAUACCGCUGUCGAAAACAGACUCAUUAGCCGUGUUUCUGAAGUACGAAAACGAGCUAGCAUUAAGUGAAAAGGACAUGAAGGACAAAAGUAAUAGUCUCAGUAAGCGGACAUCAUCACUCAGUGCCGAGGUAAAUCAGCAAAAGAAACAGGAGGUUUUGAGCGUAGCUCCUAGUCCAGUGAAAGCUAACGAAACAAUUACAGUCGACGAAGAGCAGCAAAAACACAAGAAAAAUGUCCAAGCGAUCGAGGAUGAAACAGCGAAAAAGCAAACACAAAAGCUAGUUCCAAUAAAACUGGAACCGAUCAACAUUACCUACAACAGUAACAAUGCAAGUGAAGUCACUGAUAUUAAGCCAGUGGUCAUAUCACUAGAUGCAAUUAUUGGAAAGCCUAGUAUUAAAAAACAGAAAGAACCACAGGUGGACAGUGACAAUCGUGCUGAUAACAGCUAUAUCGAUCCAAAGCUUAUAAACAAAUGUGAUAAUUUACCGAUAAAUCUUGUCAUGCCUUCUACAAAAGAUGCUGAUGGUAGUUGCAGCAGUAGGAAUAGCAACACCAUUGGCAACAUUUGUUCGGAUGGAAACCAGCUCGCUUUAAAAACUAUCGAGCCGAAAGUGGAACGAUCUGCUGUAAUAUCGCCACCUCCCAGGGCCUCGCUCAGUGUGGCUCCAAAACCACCAGAACGAACGCGAAACGAAACUUGUUUCGAUUAUCGAAAAAGCAACAACGAACCUAGCAGCAGCGAACCUAGCACAAGCAAUAACAGUAGUCCCACAACGAGUCAUUCCUCCAGCCCAGUGGAUCAUAGGAUAAGCAAGAAUAGUACAAACUGUGACAAACGGCCGCAGCUCAAUCGACAAGAUCGAGAAGAUUCGGGAUACCGCACAGGACAAGAGUCUGGGCAGUCGGAUGUGCAUGAGCAACCCAAGAAGCCUUCCCCAUCGCCGUCAGCAUCCAAGAACAAUGAGGAUAACAUGCCCAAAAAUCCCGCGUUCAAACCGACGUACAAGCUAAACCGGUUGAUAUCCCCAUCGUCAGCUUUGAAUAAUUUUAGCAACACGCUACCAUCGUCAAACAGCACAGCGCCGUCCACCCCUGUUAACCGUGACCGUCCAACGAUAUCUUCGGCACUCGAGCAAUUCGAUGUUGACGAAUUCAUGCAAUCGCUGGAAGAUUUGCAUAGACAAUCACCAAUCAGUGCGAGGGAGUACAAACAUUCGUUGUUUGUCCAUUCCAACAGCUCCGUCACCAGUCGGAGUGUAGCCUCCAGUCAAUCCGAUCAUACUAAUAAUAACAAGCGAAGCAACAGUCUCGACAGUGGACAUGGUAAUUCGGUUGCCAACUCGAUCCGCUACGUACGCAAACACGAAAGUAGUGGCGUGCCAAGAAUGGAUGUGUGUGUGCGGAAUGGUAGUGGCACAGCCAGUAAUAAUAACAGUAGCAAUAGUAGUAGUAGCUUUAGUAGUCCUAGCCAUUACAGUAAUAGUAACAACAGUAACUCUUACUACAACAGCAGUUCGACUAAUAACAACAAUUCACAUAAUCACAGCACCAGUGCUAGCAAUGCCAAUGAUGCUGCAAAGUGCGCUGAAGUUGUUCAUCCGCUGGGCCAGCAAAUGAAUUACGCUCGAAACUCUCCAGCCAUCGCCCAUCGGCGGAGAAGCGAGGAUGCAGCGGGCAUAUCGCUUCCUGCUGUACCGCCAUUGCCUAGUAGUAACACCGGUGGAAGCGGUGCCUUAUCCAGCUUGCAGAACUUACCAAACAUUCAUAAAGCAACAGCGGCGGAUACAUUGCUUAAUGGAAAUAAUAAGACUAUGCAACAACCCGGAACGCUUCCUUACUACUCAUCGCCGAGUCCAGUCAACGGUAGGAAGAACAGCUACAGUAACAAAUCAUAUCACGCUAAUAAUACCGGUACGUCCGCAUCGACUCCGGCAUCAUCUCACCUAACCGGAAACGUACACGAACCGCGCUAUCCAGCGGAAUCGUUCGAUCAUCUUGAGCGCGAUCUGCUGAAAAGCGUGCAAGAACUAAAUCGCAUGUGCGGCUCCUCGUCCUCGGUAUGUUCGAUCGAUUCCGAGGAGUUGUACAGCGUGGAAGACUACCCGCUUAACAAACGAUCGUCUGAACGAUCGCAAGCCAGUGCUGAUUCAGCCUAUCGCAGCAGUCUAUCUACGCAGUCACCACCAGACUACGCACCCCCUGUGCCUAUACGCCAAGCACGGCCGAAUUCUCGCAGCUCAACUACCAGUCAGAGCCAACCGGCGCAGUCAACGAACGAACCGUUCAAUAGCCUUUCGUUACACACAGCCCUUCCACCGAUCACGACCGCUAUUAUCAAGGGCCACAGAAUGGAGGCCCAUCUCAUGAAAGAUAGUCCAGAGGGGGGCCCGAAUCUGAUCAUGAAUCCAAUGUCCAAAUUUUGCCAUGAAUGUGGCGCACGCUUCAUGAUUAGUAGCGCUAAGUUUUGCAUGUCGUGCGGCGUACGACGAAUUAUGCUGGAUUAGAUUGAAAUAUCAUUUCUUAUAUGUAAUACACGACAUUUUUAUUUAAGAUUCUGUUAAAAUCAACCAUCUACUCGAGUCUCGCUAACAGAUUAAAAGUUGUACUGACAAGGAUUGUUUAUGUUACCACACCAAAUUAUUAGAUAAUCCAUUUAAAACUACUCAAAUAUAUGCAAACAAUAAAACAGAUACGUGGUAAUUGAACUUUUUAAAGCACCGCAUAUUAACAAAGACUGAACACUGUUCUACCGAUAUUAAGUAGACCACCUGCUAAUGAGAACGCUAUGUUGAUACAAUUAUCUGUUUCCGCAUUUACUACCACUCUUCAUGAUUUAGCAUUGUUAAGUGAAGAAAUGUAAUACACUCACACUUAAAACAAAUUUAACAUUCACCAUAAAUCACCAAGAUAUUAGACAUUAUAAUUAACAAUGCAAUUAAGUUUUAAAAUCUGUAUUUUUGUUUUUAUAAUUUAAUAAUUCACUUGCUAAUGAUAAUACAUGGAUUGGAAAUCGUGCAUUAAACAAACCCGACAACUAAAGUGAACAUAAUUGUUGAUUAUACGUGCUACAAUGGUAUUAAAUGAUAUAUUAAAUGAUACAAUCAUACAAUUGAAAAAAUCUAUCUUCCUAAAUUAUUUAAACCAUUUUAGAUCAGCUUUUUAAUAACUUCAAAUCUAAUACAUACCAAUAUAAUUCCUUGCAAUCUUUCAUGUCCUGUUGUUUUUUUCUCUACAAUACUAAGCACGGAUGAUCGUCAAUUACAUCACGGUGAAAUCAAAACAUUUGAGAAUAUAUUGCUGUGAGGAACAUUACUAAUUUCACUUCACAUUUCUGCUGAAGUGAUGGUAAUAAACUACUUUUGCAAAUACAAAGUCGUUUGAAUAGAUCAUGAUUCAUGAAACUAAUAAUGCUUUCAGCGUGUUACAGUACGGUGGGAAUUGAUGUGGAAUCAACAGAAAAACUAUUUCUAGACCUUUGUUGUUAAUGACUAAUCAAAGUGAGAUAACUAUACAAGACAAAUACUGUCGUGAAAAUGAUCAUACAAAAUGAAAUGUCAUGAAUGAAAUAACGUUCUGUGGAAAAUACUGAAUAAUUUCGAAACUGGAACUUCUGAUAGAUAAAUCAAGUGUUAAUAUUUUAACGAAUUCAAUAAAAAAUAACAAACA